AUGGCCGGGCCAUUGUUCGGCCCUCGUCAUGCCUAUACACCCGCUUCGACAUCGACUUUGGGCUCUUCGCACCGAGCUUCGUCUUCGUCGUCGGAGCAGGAUCAUGACCGCAAGCAGCAGCUCUUCCUAAGGGUCAGUGCAAUCCCUGCUGCGGAAAUCUAGCGAGCAUCUUUCUUACUAGCACCCACCUACUCCGCCACAGCUCAAAGCGGUCUGCGUACCACUGCUCAACGCAGGUCGAGCUCAACCAGCUACCGUCGCUUCCACCAGCCAAGUGCUGCAUCACCUCACGCAGCUGUCCACCACCUUGUCCGACAUCCCAACACCUCACUUCACCCCUGCGCUCGCCAACUAUGUCUUUUUCCCCCUCUCGUCACUGCUCCAACCGGCGACCUUCACCCGAUCCGAUUCGGUCCUCGAGGCGACCAUGCGCACGCUCGCGACCCUCAUUCACAACUGGACACAAGUCGGCAUCGACGAUCGAAUCAGGACAGAACUGUGGAUCAUGCUCAUUCUCAGGCUCGGUGGGCCACUCGAUCCGGCACGCCCUACUAAGCCUUCGGAUAGCAAGGGCAAGGCCAAGCAAGAAGAUUCUUCCACGCCCGACAUGUCCGACGAGCUCAAGUUGGCAAUCGUCGAAGCGUUACUGGAGCUGUUUCCUGGUUCAGUCAUAGAGGAGGCACCAGUCCCCGAGGAAAUGGAGAUCGAGCAAGAUGAUGACCCGCUCGGCGAGUCGAUCGACUGGUCAGCCGAAGAUCCUUACGCAGCGAACGCGAGCAAGGCCUCCCAAAAGAAAGCCAAACCUCGACGCGAGCAACGAGCUCCCCCAACCUCACCGCCGAUACCGAUCAUGUUCCAUACGCUCACCACGCUUCUAAAUCUCGCAUCGAUCUCAGUCUCGCUGGUGCGCCUUCAACUCGCCGCUCUUGAGGCCCUGGACGGCCUCAUCCGCUUUCACUUGACUCAGCAUCCUGCGCAGCCCGAUGCAGCUAUGGGGCAACCAGAGGGACCUUCGCCACUUCUGGCGACCGCCUUACCCGGAACGGCUUCGACAUUAUCACGGAUUGCUCUCUCGGCCACGUUGUCGGGGGCAAUGACGUCGUCGAGAGGUCGUCGACAAUCGUCCAAAGCCAUCGUCUCGGCACUCGAGGUCCUGACCAAUCUGCUCGUACAAACCAUUGGCGACGACGUCACUGCACGUCUGCGCAAACAGGAAUCGUCUCGGAAAGGCUUGGGUGCCACUUUGGAAGAGAUCGUCGAAUCGUACAAAGAACCAGGGAUUGAAGAAGGAGGCGAGGAGGAUGAUACCGUCAAUUCACAUGCUCUGAUCGCCCAGGAUUCGACGCCGACGUAUUCGGCACCGGGACCGGUCAAGCCUUCUUCUGCAUGGCUCGCCUACACCUUGCGGUCCAUUUCGACACUCCUCAUAUCGCUCUCAUCGCUCACUUCGCACGACUCUCCACUCGUGCGAGCUGCACUGGCGCAAUUCUUGUCCACUCUGGAGACCGAAUGCGCGGUCACCCUCGAAGAGUAUCGUCGAACGACGCUCGAACUGUUGUUGAUCCUUUCGGCCGACGAUUGGCCAAGCGUGUCCUCAAUUGCCGUUUCAGCACUCGGUACGGUGACGAUGAGCUCAUCGCAUCUCAUCCGGGAAGGGAUGAUCGAACAUCUCGGCGCACUUCCUCGUCGACUUCGAGCCAAAGAUGAUGCCGCCGUCUCGAGAUCGUCCAAAGUCUUGCGCACGGGACUACAGUAUCUGCACGACCUAGACCGGCUUCAGCUGUUGGCCAGUCUCGAGAGGUGGAAGUGGACCUUGUUGGACGCGUGCGCUCUCCAGGAUCUGGAAGGUAGUUCUAACGCAAAGACGGCUUCGGGAAUGAGAUUGGCUUGGAUCCAAUCUGAAUCCUUGACGUCGAGUGGGCAAGAGACCGAAUGGCCUAGAAUCGGUCUCAAGAACGCCGAAGGUCCUCAUCUCGUCGAUGAGCUCAAUGCCUUGUGGAAAGGGAUCGGGGAAGCCGCCGCGCGCAGCGAGAAGGAGGCCGAGAUCAUCGAUGGGUUUUGGGUCGUUGUCGCCGGACCGCGUCGUGGGGAACCGAGUGCUGCGACGGCGAUGUGGGCACUUGAUGGAGUUUUGCAGGGGUUCAAAGAGGUCAAGACGACGAAAAGGAUGAAGAAGGUCUUGAAGAAUCUCGCCAAGGCGGUCUUGGCCCUUUUGGAACAGCUCGAGGAAGGGAAGGAGGAAAAAGGGGUCGCAACCAACGAGCCGGCACCCUCGGCGGAUCAGCGAACGCUUGUCGAAGAAUCGGACACGCUCAACGUCUCGGUCCAGCACCAACACGGUCUCAAGAUCACGCCGGAGCUCGACAAGUUCAAGCCCGUCACGUCAGCUGUCGUCGCCCGAGAUGCGAAGGAGUCUCAACAAGUGUGGCUCCGGUGCUUCUCACUUCGGAUCCUUGCGACGUGCGCGAACCUGCUCGGCUCGUCCUUUCAGCCGCUCCUCCUCUCGGCGCUGUAUCAUGUGCUCGCACAUCUGUCACCGGCAGCUCAUCCCUUUCUACGCUCGCACUCUGAACAUGCCCUGGCGGUCAUCUCCGAUGCGACGGCGUACGCCGCACCUUCGAAUCUCGUCCUCGCCAAUGUCGACUAUGUCGUCAACGCCGUCUCGCAGCGCAUGUCCGUCACCCGUCUUGACCCUUCCGCUCCGCUCGUCCUCGUCGAAAUGAUCCGUCUCGUCGGUCCGCCAAUCGUCCCGAUGGUUCAAGAUCUCGUUGAAGACGUCUUUGAGGCAUUGGACGAUUAUCAUGGCUACGAUGAGGUCACUGUUGGCCUUUGGGCUGUGUUGGAUGCGUUGAUGAGGGUCAUGUCCGAGGAAGCUGUCAGUGCCCAUGCCGAAGUUGUGAGCGGUCGUCAACCUCAAGGCAAUCGAGCCGUCUCGGAGUGGACCGAAUUCGUGGAUUGGUAUCGAUCUCGCAACGACCCUCCCGAGGAAGAGUUGAUGAACAACACGAUGCCCGGUACGAACCCCCAACGCCCCUUUGCCGAAACGACCCCUGCUCCACCUGAGGACCAAGCCGAGCCGUCCUUCCCUUCGGACGAGACCCAAACUCCUGCGACUCGUCCGCAAGAAGUGGCGUCGCAAAUCAUCGCCAAGUCCGUCUACUUCCUCUCCCACUCGUCGCCAUUCCUACGCGCUCGCGUCUUGUCGCUUUUGGCUUCGUCGGUACCUCUACUCGCUCUGCGCUCUCCCUUCGCCUCGGGUGCCGCACCUCCCCGUUUGGCCUCGUCGGCUCGGGAAGCGGACCUCUUGCCCGUGAUCCAUCGCGCGUGGCCUUACAUUCUCAAUCGGUUCUCCGACCCCGACCCUUCCGUCACCCUCGCUGCUACCGAAUUGAUCUCCUCCUUGGCCCAACACGUUGGCUCCUUCAUGUCGCGUCGAAUUCUCGACGACGUCUGGCCACGGUUCAAAACCCUUCUCGAGCGACAACAUGAGCUUGAUACGCACCUCGCUUCGAAAGGAGGUUGCUACAGUCUAUCCUUUAGGAUCUAUCGAGCUUUACUUCGCACAAUGCUUUGUAUCGUACGAGACGUUCCGCUCAAAGAAGAAGUGGUUUGGGACCUCACGAUGACAUUGAGGAGGUUCUUGGCCAGACGAGAACAGGAGGAGUUGAGGUUGAUGGCAAGGAGGGUUUAUCGUGCGUUGGGGGAGGUCAAUCCGGAUGCGGUUUGGUUGGUACUCAAGGGAAUGGCGGGGGCGGGGGAGAGUUGGAUGGUUUUGAAGGGGGUUGAGUUGGGGGAUGAGGUGAAGGGUUUGCUCGGCGAGCUUUGA